UACCACAGCAUGCCCCACAGGAACUUGCAGUCUUAGUUCUCCUUUAAAUUCCUCCGUGUCUGGGUACUACCUCUUCCACUAACAGCAGCGGUAGCAGCAGCGCCGCUUCUUGAUGUUGUGGUUGCUAGUACGCAUGCGCCCGGCAUUGGAAUUACUGCACUGGCGAGAAUAAGUUGCACCUCGUCUCUCUUCACUAAAAGAAAAAAAAAAAAAAACACGUAAAAUAAGUAUGGCAGUUUUCAAAGUAAGAAGAAUCAUGUGUUUUUGCGUGUGGUUGUUUCCUCUCGUAGUGACUGUGGUGAGCGCCCAAAGUACCAAAGUCAAUGACCCAAGCAAUAUGUCCGUGGUUAAAGAUACGGUGGAUAGAGUGUUAAAAGGUUAUGAUAUACGACUGAGACCAGAUUUCGGAGGUCCUCCGGUUGGAGUGGGAAUGAAUAUUGACAUAGCAAGCAUAGACAUGGUAUCAGAAGUCAAUAUGGACUACACAUUGACGAUGUACUUCCAGCAGGCCUGGCGAGACAAGCGGCUGUCCUACUCUGAGAUCCCGCUCAACCUGACCUUAGAUAACCGGGUGGCGGAUCAGCUCUGGGUUCCGGACACCUACUUCCUCAACGACAAGAAAUCGUUUGUCCACGGUGUCACUGUGAAGAACAGAAUGAUCCGGCUGCACCCGGAUGGUACUGUCCUGUACGGUCUAAGAAUCACGACCACCGCUGCUUGUAUGAUGGACCUUAGAAGAUAUCCACUGGAUGAGCAGAACUGCACACUGGAGAUCGAAAGUUAUGGUUACACUACAGAUGACAUUGAGUUCUACUGGCGGGGAGGAGACAAGGCCGUGACGGGGGUGGACCGAAUUGAGCUGCCCCAGUUCUCCAUUGUGGACCACAAGCUCAUCUCCAAGAAUGUCGUCUUCUCCACAGGUGCUUACCCUCGCCUGUCCCUGAGUUUCAAGCUGAAGAGAAAUAUCGGCUACUUCAUCUUGCAGACAUACAUGCCUUCUAUACUUAUCACCAUCCUCUCCUGGGUCUCCUUCUGGAUCAACUAUGACGCCUCUGCUGCCCGAGUGGCUCUAGGUAUAACCACGGUGCUCACAAUGACUACCAUCAACACCCACCUGAGAGAAACCCUCCCUAAAAUCCCCUACGUCAAGGCCAUUGACAUGUACCUCAUGGGCUGUUUUGUCUUUGUAUUCAUGGCUCUGCUCGAGUACGCGCUGGUAAACUACAUCUUCUUUGGACGAGGCCCUCAGCGUCAGAAAAAGGCAGCUGAAAAAUCAGCGAUAGCCAACAACGAAAAAAUGAGGAUGGAUCCAAACAAGUGGUUGGUGGGGAAUGUCGUUGGCAGAGAUGACACUCUGUAUGCAAGAAUGAAACAAAGGGAUCUUGAUGGACAUGACUCCAUAUGGGAACCAAUCUUUGUGGAUGAUACAGCACUUGGACUUGGCGAUCAAAAGAACAAGAUGGACCCACAUGAGAACAUCCUUCUGGGCACCCUGGACAUCAAGAACGACAUGGGGGUUUCAGAGCUGGCUCUGGGUCUCAAUGACCCAAGAAAUACCAUGCUGACAUAUGACAGUUCAACCCUUCAGCACCGCAAAGCAGGACUGGCCAGGCACAACUUUGGCCGAAACACACUUGAGUGUCACAUGACUCAGAAGAAGAGUAGACUACGGAGGCGUGCGUCUCAGCUAAAGAUCACCAUCCCAGACUUGACUGACGUAAACAUUAUUGACAGAUGGUCGAGGAUGAUCUUCCCUACUGUCUUUUCCUUCUUCAACAUUGUUUACUGGCUUUACUACGUCAAUUAAAAGAAGAGGACAUCAGUGAGUGCAAGAACAAACAGCAAAAUAUGUUGCUCAUUUCUUGUUUGUAACUGGUUUGUUUCAUUUUUUUGUGUGAUUUGGAAAAACUGGACUGAGUAACCAUAUUCAGGACCAGCUCCAUCAUAUCAUGGAAUACCGCAUUUGCUGGCUAACACAUGAAAACCUUAUAAAAGAGAGAUUACAAACAUAUAAGGUGCCUCUACCUGAGUAGUUGCUAACGAUUUUAUGUAUUUUGUGAAUUGUGUAUCUAUUUUCAAAGGUUUAUUUGCAUAUUUCUUGUGUUUUUAUCAUGUUAAAUUAACAGCAUACUAAUAUUUUGCCAAAAAAAAAAAUCAGUUAGAUACGAAUUAAUCAACAACCAUCAUCUCUCACUGACAUCACUUAAAAAGUGCUGACACAUGUUUCAGGUCAUCCAGGUAUUCUAUGUUUAAUAACAUCAAAGAAACUACAUUUCUUGGUACAAAAAUCAUUUGAUACUAACGUUAUAAGGGCCCCUCAGUUCACAGUUUAUAGCAUUGUGUAUUCAAAAGAUAUCUAUAAUAAGCUUUUUCUACUCAAGUGUGCUAGUAGAGUUUUUAUUUUACUUAUUUCAUAGCAUAUUCUUAGUUUCUCAAUCAUGUCCAUUGGAUUGCAGGUUAAAUGAACUUACAUCAUUCCAAAAGUACAAAGUGUUUACAUGGACUGCACUUCAGAAAAGUGCUGACGGUCAGAAAAAGUCAUAAUAUAGAAAGCAAAAGUAUUGGAAAAGCUAAAGGAAAGAUGAACAAGGAAGGAAAAAUAAAUCACACAUUUUGCUUCAGCUACAUUGGUUUUACUUUUAUAAAUCUUAUAAAUUGUCAAUAUUGAAAUUUAAGCCCAAAGUACAAAUAAAUGAUAUGGAUGGCCUAUCCAUUGUAGAGCCUCAAACAACGAUGGUAAUUUCACCUGCGCAGCAUUUAUUAACAGAAUAAUAGACAAACAGUAUUCCCCUUUUGGAUACAUUUGUAAAACUCUGAAAAAUAGUUCACUUAUGCCGAACUUGCUUUUUGAUAACUGUGGUUCAAAGGUUCAUGAAGAUCACAAAUAGUGAAGCUAAAGGGGUGAUUAGGCCUACAGAGAGGCGCGAAUAAAAAGCACAAGAAUGACUUUUAUUUUUGUUACCAGUGUUUUACUGUAUCUGCCUCCUAAAACCUAUUAUCAUUUUCAGAGGUUUAAACCUUUAACACUCACAGCCACCUACUGUGUCCAAUUUUUUUUUUAAAAGAGUGACUUAAGGAGAUAGCCGUAAUUCCAAAUGAACUUAUUAUAUAACCACAAACUAUUGAGUGAUAUCAUUUACUUUUGACUGUAUGAUUACAUGGAAGGUUUUUUAAAGGAUUUUGCACACAAGUUCUGUACCGUAUUUCUUCUGAUACCUGGUGCUUAUUGGAGCUUUUUAUUAAUAAGACCAUGAUCAUAAUGUAAGAUUUAAUUACAACAAUGAUGAAAUGUAAACAUACAACUAGGGCUGCAAUACACAAGACUGCCAUCCCCCCCUCAGCCAUACUGUCUGUAUGAAUGAACUCUAGUGUUAGAGCCUCUUCUACAUAAACAUUAAGUACCAAAUCAUACAUUAGAGUGAAAUACAAACUGUCUAAAGUCAGAGGAGCAAAAAUGAAUAGUUGACAGGUAAAAAAGACAUGGUUCCUCUUUUAAAAAAAUAGGAACAAGUAGCUGGAGCCUUUGUCUCCUCUGUCCCAAGUGCUUCUACCAAGUUCAUCUCAAAGAGCAAAGAUCUUAUUCAAAAAGGACUAUCGCUCUAAGUAUGCUAUUCCUUUUGUUCGUAAAUGUGUGAGAGAACUUUACAAACAUUAGUAUUCUACUUGUUUACUUACAAAUGUAGCUUCAUACAGUUAUGUCUCACUGCAUGCUGUGUAUAGUAGAUCAGUAGUUCUCAACUGGUCUAGCCUCAGGACCCACCGCCAACUCCUUAAUAAGAAAUCACAACCCAAGUUUCAGAUAUUUUUCAACCAAUGGGAUUUGUUUUAUGAACAUUUUAGCAGUUUGGACCUCAGAAAGCAAAAACGUGUUUUAAAAGUGAUUUUUAGACUAUUUGUCACUUUUUUUCCCAGGCACA